CUCAGUGUUUACUAUGGAUGAAUUCCAUCCUUUCAUCGAAGCCCUGCUGCCCCACGUCCGGGCCUUCGCCUACACAUGGUUCAACCUGCAGGCCCGCAAGAGGAAGUACUUCAAGAAGCACGAGAAGCGCAUGUCCAAGGAGGAGGAGCGCGCCGUGAAGGACGAGCUGCUCAGCGAGAAGCCCGAGGUCAAACAGAAGUGGGCGUCGCGCCUCCUGGCCAAACUGCGCAAGGACAUCCGGCCCGAGUUCAGGGAGGACUUUGUGCUGACGGUGACGGGGAAGAAGGCGCCGUGCUGCGUGCUGUCCAACCCCGACCAGAAGGGCAAGAUGAGGAGGAUCGACUGCCUGCGCCAGGCGGACAAAGUGUGGAGGCUGGACCUGGUCAUGGUGAUUUUAUUCAAAGGGAUUCCCCUCGAAAGUACUGACGGGGAGAGGCUGGUAAAGUCUCCUCAGUGUUCGAACCCCACCCUGUGUGUGCAGCCGCAUCACAUUGGAGUUUCAGUCAAGGAGCUGGAUCUCUACCUGGCCUACUUCGUGCACGCAGGUCAGUCCCAGACUCUCUUCUUCCUGUGUAUGUUUGAGUGUGUGCGAUGUGAUGCUGAGCAGCUUGUUGUCGCUCAGUUGUUCGCUCUGUGUGAAAGAGCGAUGGACGCUGGAUGGAAACAUGACGAACACGUGCGGUGAACGUCCUGUCGUUGU